AUGAAGAUUGAUUACAACAAGUUGUUCCUGCCUCUUGGUCUCAUCAGCGUUGUCAUGCUUAAAGAGACACAUGCUAUCCCCUUUGAAUCCAUCAAAGCAUCCCUGGGAAAGAUCGAGACCGGGUAUGGUGCCGACAAUACCACAUUUACUGCAAACCGCCCAAAGUAUCACUUACAAGGUCCUGUCAAUUGGAUGAAUGAUCCCUCUGCACCAUGGCACGAUGGUGAAUAUUACCACAUUUAUUACCAGCACAAUCCCUACAGUGCAGAAUGGGGAAAUAUGACCUGGGGUCAUGCUGUAUCCAAAGAUAUGAUCCAGUGGAUUGACAAGCCGUUGGCAAUUUAUCCCGAUCAGCCCUUUGACAUUGAAGGUGCCUUUGAUGGUACUAUUCUCGAGAACGGCUAUCAGAACAAGACGACCAUGCUAUAUACCGGUGUAUCCCAUGUCCCUCUUGGCUGGAGACUGCCUUACACUGUUGGUGCCGAAAAGCAGGUCUUGGCAUAUACCGAAGAUAAUGGCGACUCAUGGGUCAAGGUUGGACCUGUCAUUACCGCUCCCCCUAAAGGUCUCAAUGUUACCGGUUUCCGGGAUCCUUACCUUUUCCGGUCCUCCAAGCUCGAUACCCUCUUGAAUAUAAAGGAUCCCAAUUCAAUCUACACCACCGUCUCGUCUGGGAUCCAGCAAGACGGACCUCGUCUGUGGCUCUACCAAUCCAAUGACUGGGAGAACUGGAAUUUCCAUGGACCUAUGAUUGCCGCACCAGAGAAUUUCACUCGCAACCUUGAAUACAGCAGUCGCCUGGGUUACAACUUCGAGACUGCUUCCUAUGUCGAGAUGCCCACCACAUCCACCAAGGACGAAUGGACCCUGGUUACUCUGGGAGUCGAAGGUGGCCGCCUAAUUCACGAUCUGCACUCGGCUGUCUGGACCCUUGGGCGGUCGUUUGAGCUUCUGAGCCCUGAUGGCAAGGAAGUCCAACGAUUGACCCCUGGCCUCAACCAAGAAAUGACUGGUAUGCUUGACUGGGGAAACUAUUAUGCAGCGGUGUCCUGGAAGGAUCCAAAGAACCCUGACCGUGUGUUGCUGACUGGCUGGAUUCCUGAAGACAUCGUACCAGUGACCGUGAAUGGCGUGACCAACGAAAACAACAGAAACAGCCAAGGAUGGGCUGGCAUGUUUGGUCUUAAUCGUGAACUGGAGGUUAUUGAGAUCAAGAAUGUCUCGGUCUCCGAUCCUUUGGUUGCCAUUGAGAACGCCAGUUGGGUUGCCACCACUCCUGACCAGGAUUCAAAGACCGUCACUGUUUCAACUCUCGCCAUCCGCCCCAUGGAGGAAUACAAGUCUCUGCGAAAAGAUUGUUCUCUCUGGUCUCUAAAAAAUCAUCACAGCACUGCCUCUGCUAUCCGCAAACAUAAGCGUAACCGUGUUUCCAUUCCUGGGGUGUCUACGAGAUACGCCGAAAUUGUUGCUGAAUUUGAGUUUCACGAGCAAUCCGCACCCUUUGGUCUGUCUAUCCUUGAAUCGUCCGAGGGGCAGAGGCAUGAAGAAACUCUAAUUGUGUAUGAUCCCAAGCAAUCCAAGAUCGACAUUGAUCGCUCUCGAUCGAGUCUCAGCAGGAGCCCUGGAUAUCCCAAUUCUACCGAGACCGGACCCUUGCCAUUGUUCAAGAUUGGGUCUAAGAACGGAAAGGUCGAGAUCGAGACUCUCAAAUUGAGAGUGUUUAUUGACAAUACUGUUGUUGAGGUUUAUGCCAAUGAUCGGUUUGCCCUCUCUAGUCGAGUUUACCCCACUCUUUCCAAAUCAGCCGGUAUUUCGGUGCUGGUCACAAAGGAUGUUGGUGUGAAACAGCUGGAUAUCUACCAGAAUAUUGAUGUCAAAGCAUUCGAUCGUCCUUAG